AUAAAAUAAAAUAAAACAUGUUUAAAUCAAAGUUAGGGAACACGUGUAAUGCGUCACUCCCGGAGUCGACAGUAACGUGAUGACGUCUCGUACGUCCUGACGUCAUCACGCUCCCCACGCCGCUCACGUUGAGCUGAAGCUCUUCACAUGUUUCUGUUUCCCGGCUCUCUGAAAGAUGUCGGUGUUUCACGACGAGGUGGAGAUCGAGGACUUUGAGUUUGAUGAAGAGACGGAGAUGUAUUACUUCCCGUGUCCCUGCGGAGACAGAUUCUGUAUCUCUAAGGAGGAUCUGGAGAACGGAGAGGAGACAGCGACCUGUCCGAGCUGCUCGCUGAUAGUCAAAGUGGUUUAUGAUCAGGAUUUGUUUUUGUCCGGAGAGAUCAUCGCCGCUCCGUCAGAAAGCAAACUGGAGCUGCUUCAGUCCUGACCCCCUCUUCAUCAUCCUCUUCAUCAUCCUCCUCCUCUUCAUCCUCAGAUAAACACCUUUAUUUUUAUCCUGCCUGAUUCCAGUUUUAUUCUGAAAGUACGGUGCGUUCAGGUGCUGCUGGGACUCUGAGCGCUCCUCUAACAGUACGGUGCGUUCAGGUGCUGCUGGGACUCUGAGCGCUCCUCUAACAGUACGGUGCGUUCAGGUGCUGCUGGGACUCUGAGCGCUCCUCUAACAGUACGGUGCGUUCAGGUGCUGCUGGGACUCUGAGCGCUCCUCUGACAGGACGGUGCGUUCAGGUGCUGCUGGGACGAGCGCUCCUCUGACAGGACGGUGCUUUCAGGUGCUGCUGGGACUCUGAGCGCUCCUCUGACAGUACGGUGCAUUCAGGUGCUGCUGGGACUCUGAGCGCUCCUCUGACAGGACGGUGCGUUCAGGUGCUGCUGGGACUCUGAGCGCUCCUCUGACAGUACGGUGCGUUCAGGUGCUGCUGGGACUCUGAGCGCUCCUCUGACAGGACGGUGCUUUCAGGUGCUGCUGGGACUCUGAGCGCUCCUCUGACAGUACGGUGCAUUCAGGUGCUGCUGGGACUCUGAGCGCUCUGACAGGAAACUGUACAUACUGAGAAUAUAGUUAAUAUGUAAUUUAAAGUGAAAGUUUGAACAGAAUAAUAAACUCCUCAGCUCUGA